ACUAGUGUUAUUAAGAAAAAUAUUAAAAUUGGACUAUUUAUUUAAUUCUUGUCACCAUUAUUUGUAUUUGAUUUGGUAAUUGCUUAAAGGAACAAACCAACCAAUUCUUUUGAUAACAUUAAUGUUAAGGUGUAAGGUGACUGAUUAGAAAAAGACUAUGAUGGGAGAUUGUGGUAUUUUUUUAGAUAAGUGUUAAAAAACUCCAAGUAUUUUUUAAUUUAAAUUAAGGAGGAUAAUGGAAAUGGAUGGAAAUAUAAUAUGCCGCCUUUGUUUAGACGUGGUUCCCACAGGAUAUACGAUUUUCAAAGAAAAUAUUCAAAACACAAUAAAAGUUCUAACCUCAAUAGAAGUGUCUGUGAAUGACAACCUGCCAAAACUGUCUUGUUCAAAGUGUAUUUUCAAUUUGUAUUUCAUUGAAAAUAUGAGGAAUGUUAUUCUUAAAUCCGAUGAAAAGCUUAGGACCAUAAUUAAUAGGGAUGGAAGUUUAAAUGAACUUUUAAAAACCAGGCCGGUGAUACAACUGCUUGAAGGUGAAAACUGCACUAACGUAGAGGAUUUAAAUUUUAACCACAUAGAAAUUAAAGAAGAAAUAUUCAGUCCAGCAAAUUCGUCUACCGAUAUUCCUGAUAGUGACGCUUCUGGACAUUGUGAUAAUAGUGGAAUUAAUUCAUCUGAAGAAGUACCAGAAAAGACUUUUAUCGAGGAUGUACUCGAUGAAAACGAUAUAAAAAAGAUAAUAUACAGGAAGGACAAUAAUAAACCUUACUUAUACCACUGCAAUGUGUGCAAUGUAGACUUCCGGGGAAACGUGCUAUACAUGAGACAUAAAGGCAAGCACAUAAAGAAGACUUGUGAGAUUUGUGGCGUGACGACUAGGCAGGACAAUUUCAAUAAACACAUGACGAAACAUAAAUUGGGACAACAGAUUUGUGAUAUAUGCGGCAGUAUCCAUAAAAGCUUGGAAGGUCUGAGGACGCAUUUAUUUCAUUUUCACAAUGCGAAGAAAAAGCCUUAUACUUGCGGGGAGUGUGGGGAAUCGUUUAAAUACAGUCACCGAUUAACAUAUCACAAACGGAAAAUCCAUACAGGUUUUCGUCCACACCAGUGCGACACAUGCGGGAAGCGGUUUUUCGACCUGGGCACGAUGAAAAAACACGUAAAGUUGAUCCACCUGAAAUUACGCGAGUACCACUGCAAAUACUGCCAAAAAGAUUAUUCGUCACAGUACGCUCUGAAGGUACACACGCGACAGCACACAGACGAGACCCCGUACAUAUGUGAAAUAUGUACCGAAGGGUUCCGGCAGUUGGUUUCUUUGAAGACUCACAUGGCGAAACACGAAAGGACGUCAACUAGGAAGAGUGAAGUCGAACGUCGAGAGGCGGAAGAGGUUAAGAUUGAAACGGUUGGCCUAAGUUAAACUUGAGGGUAGGAUAAGCUUUACAAGAUUAUUGUAUAAAGGUGUGAUUUAUAUUAAUUUGUUAAUUGAUACUUAAUUGUUACGUACUUUUUGGGAAAUAUAAUAGACAUUACAGAAA